UACGCAGCAUUCGAUUAGCGACAUUCUACCAUUCACUCGUCGACGUCGGCAGCUGCUGUGCUGCAAAAAUGUUGGCAAUGAUAGUAUGGAGAUUGGUGGCCACUUUCUUAUUUGUGAAUGUUGUAUGCGGCCAGGGUUAUCAGCCCCCUUCAGACGAAUAUAUUUAUCAACAACAGCCUCUGCAGCAUUAUGAUGGAUAUGAAACCCAUCGUCAAUACAGGUCAGCCGGUGAUGAGCCAACAACCAUUACACCAUCAGUUUCUCUCAAGCAGGAGAAUCUAUCAGAAAAUCAAACAUUGGAUUCUGAUUUGGGCAAUAAUUCUACACACAUAAAUGGUUCCAUCACCUUGGUCACUGACAUGCCAUUGGAAAGCUCAUCUAUGGCAUCACCUGUGCCUUCACUGCUGAUGGGUCGUGACACAAGCAAAUCUGUGUUGGAUUCGUCCAAUUUGUCAAGCAUCGAGCAGCUGAAUGUCACAACUGAAAAAGUUAACUCCACUUCGGAUAAUUCAACUGUUGAAGAAAUCAAAAUUUUGAAGAGGCGACAAGCCCAACAAGUACUUAUUCAACAGGUACCAACUCAAUCCCAACAGGUGCCUUCAUUAGUUUUCCAGCCUCUGUCAUUUCAAAGAAGUCAGUUUAUUCAGGCUCCACCUACAUUGUUCUCUGGACAGCCUGGGCAACCAGCUUUAGUUCAGGUGCCGAUUGGGCAAUCUCAGUUCGUUCCUAAUCAGUUGCGGUUCGUUCAACCCCAAUUCUUGGUUCCGCAAAUCGUUCCUCUACAAAACAGCCAAGCUUCGAUCACACAACCACCAGUGCAGUCACCUCCAAAGUCGCCUCCGAAACUAUCAUUGAAUCCCGUCCCGCUUCCUCCAGCCAUUUCUAUUCCGCAUCCUAAUAUGACCACCCCUCCAUCUGAUAACGAUUCCCAAGCAAAUGCGGUAAAGACUCGCGAGGCAAAUGCAAAUAGAAUGGUGCCUAAAGCACAGCAACCACCGAUGGGUGCAUUUAAACCGAUGGUAUCUCCCAUGCCACCACGACCGACACCUCCACCGGCUCCUGUGCGAGGUUCUCCAGUUGCACCUACUACUACUACUCCGCCGAUGCAGGCUCCAAUGCAGAUGAUGCCUGUUUCUGCACCUGUUCAGCCCAUGGUGAGGCCCCAACUGCAAGGGCAGCAAGCACCACCACAGAGUCAACAAUCAGUUGUUGUACAAAACACUACGCCUCUUCCACGCGGAUUGAUGGUUCCACCACCUCUUUCGUUGGAAGCACAAAACGGUCGGCCAACGACGGCGGUACAGCUGGGUUCGUUUCCUGCACCAACGAUGAUCUCAUUUCCACCUCAAACAGUGCAGCGAACGGGAUCGCCAAUGGAUCUUCAACCCCAACAGCAGCAGCAGCCACAACUGAUGGGCCAGGCUCCUCCAGCUCAGGUGGCACAACGAUCGGGACCACCGAUGGAUCAACAAUCAUUGCCCGUGGGUCAAUCGAUGAAUCAGCCGCCUUCGGCUGCUCAACAUUCGGUACCACCCGUGAACCAACCAUCACCGCCGCAGCCGAUGAGCCAGACUCCUGCAAACCAAGUGGCCCAACCACCUGGUCAACGGUCGAUGGGUCAAGUACAACAACAGACGAUGGUCCAACCUGUGGGUCAAGCCCCUCAAGCUCAGGCUGUACAAAGAUCCGGACCGCCAAUGGAUCAUCCCCUGCAACAACAGCAACAACAACUGCCCGUGGGUCAGGCUCCUCCAUCUCAGGUGGCACAGAGGUCGGGAUCGCCGAUGGAUCAACCACAACAGCCAAUGCCCUCUGGUCAGCCGAUGGGUCAGGCUCCUCCAUCUCAGGUGGCACAGCGGUCCGGACCACCGAUGGAUCAACCCCAAAUGCUGCAACCGAGUCAGUCAAUGAAUCAGCCUCCUCCAGAUGCUCAACGUUCGGGACCACUGAUGAAUCAACCGUCACAGCAGCAACCGACCAGCCAGCCGAUGAGCCAGACUCAAGUUACCCAACAACCUGGACCACAAUUGAUGGGCCAAGCAAAUGCCCUGGCGGUACAACGAUCGGGACCGCCAAUGGAUCAUCCCCUGCAACAACAGCAACAACAACUGCCCGUGGGUCAGGCUCCUCCAUCUCAAGGAGCUCAGCGGUCGGGAUCGUCUAUGGAUCAAACACAACAACCAAUGCCCGCGAGCCAACCAAUGGGCCAGGCUCCUCCAACUCAGGUGGCACAGCGAUCCGGACCACCGAUGGAUCAACCCCAAAUGCUGCAACCGAGUCAGUCAAUGAAUCAGCCUCCUCCAGAUGCUCAACGUUCUGGACCACCUACGAAUCAACCAUCACAGCCGCAAUUGAUGGGUCAACCUAUGGGACAAGCUUCUCCAGCUCAGGUGGGACAGCGGACAGGUCCUUUGCUAGUCAACCAACCGCUACCAAGCACAUCGCAACAGCCAUUUGGAGCACCAAAUAGUCAGCCUCCUCCACCACCACCACCUCCUCAGCCCCAGCAGCAAAUGGCCCAACAGAUGAUGGGACUUAAUCAGCAGCCACCUCAAUCGCCUCAAAUUGCCCCACGUAUUAAUUCUCCAAUGAAUCCACCAGCUCCAUCUUCAAUGAUGGACUUCUCUCAGUCAGUUGAUGCGACUUCGCUACCCGUGUCGCAAUUUAAUCAAAGGAGUGUCCAGGAUGGGCGCGGUGGACAUCAAAUGAACUUGGUUCCAUCAAACAAAGAAAGGCAUAUGAUGAGACGAAGCGUUGAUAGACCCCGUAUGAGAAGGCAAAUGGAUGCUGUUCCCUAUCCGUCCAAGGAGGCUUACGAUUCUUAUGUCGUGAAUAAUUACCGCAACUUAUACGAUGAAGUUUAUCCGACAUACACCCCUCCAGUAUAUACCACCACCACUGCUGCCGCUCCAAAAUAUGAAUAUUACGUCCCACGUUAUUGAUAUCAUGUAUACAUUAUUGAUUGUCAUGUAUGAAUUACUUUAGAGGUCUAAAUAUAAUAUUUAUGGAUUUAAA